UCUAAUAAUGAACCCACAUCUGCAGUUGCGUGCACAUCCAGGUUAGUGCACGUGGAGCUGCCCUCGCUCACCUACCAGGAAGUGAUUGACACACAGCCGGAGGACGAGACUGAAGCUCAGCUGCUCACUCCUGAAGAAAGGAUCCGGUCAAAACAGCCUGUGAUGUUGAAAUGAAGAUUGAUGAAAAGGUUGUCACUUAUUUUGAAUCUUGCACCUCACGAGUGGACAAAGAAGGGUACCUGUCCAAGAAGGGCGAGAUAAAGACUUCCUAUCAUAAGCGCUGGUGCAUGCUGAAGGGGAACCUCCUCUUCUACAAGGACCGUCCGGCAGACCGGGACGUGACAGGAGUGAUUGUUCUGGAGGGCUGCACCGUCCAGCUGUGCGAGUCCGAGGAGCAGUUUGCCUUCUCGCUGGUGUGGAGCGAACCCGGCCUGCGAACAUACAAGUUUUCUGCCGAGGACCAAGCCAGUCAGGAGAGCUGGAUCAAAGCCCUGCUGUCAGCCAACCACAGCUACCUGUCCCUGCUGGUGAUGGACCUGGAGAAGAAGUACAAAGAUGCGUUAGUUGAGUUCUCCACUGAACCAACCAACCCAUUCAUCAUGCCGAAUUUCCACACACCAGAAGCCUAUCGGAGCGCACAGUCUUCAACGCUACCUUCGUUUCCAGCAGCAGCAGCUGGUCUGGCAGCGGGAGCCAGUUUGAGCUCCAAUCCGCUGCUUUUAGCGCCGACUAUUUCUUCCAGAUCAGCUAAUAAAAGAUCACCAAAACUGUGGCCCAAAAGGAGCGCAAACGUGGUGCCCGUUAACACUUCUGCUCCGCCUCUGGGGGAGUGGUCAGGGGUCUGUUCAGGCACCAAGGAGGACUUUAUUCAAUUGCAUGAAGAAUUUGGAAAAGAGGUGAAAGAACUGAUUGCUGGUUGGUCAAAGAGGGGACAGGGUGAUGACCUUGUUGAGGGCGAAAACUUAAUAGAUUUUGGAUGAGUGUGAAGUAUACACCCAAACCUUCGUUUCAAUUCCCUGUGUUUGUAUUUCAAAGCUUUUAUGUAAAUAGGAAUCAGAGCUGCAACAAUUAUCGUUGACAUAUAUCUGUAUAUAUUUGUUGUUUUUACAAGAGAAAACUUUUUGUUUCUAUCUUUUUUUUGACAGUCAAUAAAUGAUCUUGUGCUCUAUUGA